AUGGAGAACAUCGACUACACCCAUUUGGAACACAUUGCAAAGAUACGCUCUGAUAAAGACAAAUUUGAGAUAGUUCAAUAUUUCCUUUCUGGAGAAGGGGCAGAUAAAAAUCCAUUAAGCCUCUUUGUGGUGGACCGAGAGACUGGUUUUGUACGUAUCACUGAUCUGCUGGAUCGGGAAAGCUGCCCAUCCUACAAUCUAUCAGGGAUCGCUAGAUACAGGAAUGGGACCACGGCAGAGGAUAACAUCCCACUGAUUAUAACAGUCCAGGACCAAAAUGACAAUGCUCCUUCUUUUGAGCUGCAUACUGGAAACAUUAAUGAGGCAAGCGAAAAAGGAACCUUUGUCAUGCAGCUUGAGGGUAAAGACAACGAUCAAGCUGGAACAAUUAAUGCAGAGAUCUCCUACAGCAUCGUCAGUCAGAAGCCAGAAGGC